AGGAAAACGUCUUUUAUGGCAGCUCUUGGCAGAAGCGCGGCCGUUCCUGCUGCGAGCCGGCGCUGCCCUUUAGCCAGGCGUUUUGCCUGGAAGAUCAAUGUUCCUUCCCACUCUCUGCAGCCACUUUGGAAUGGUCGGAUUUUGCUGACUUCCCUCUUCCCAGCAGAAUGCCACCGGAUCCUUUUUCUCCGUCCUCCUGCGGCGCUGCUGCAGCCUGCCAAUAACGAUGACCUUAGGAACCUGUCCCUCUCCGGCCAUGUGGGCUUCGACAGCCUCCCUGAUCAGCUGGUCAACAAGUCAACGUCACAGGGCUUCUGCUUCAACAUCCUCUGCGUGGGUGAAACUGGCAUCGGCAAGUCAACGUUGAUGGACACUCUGUUCAACACGAAGUUUGAAAGUGAGCCUGCGACACACAAUGAGCCUGGCGUGAGAUUAAAAGCCAGGAGUUAUGAGCUCCAGGAGAGUAAUGUCCGUCUGAAGCUGACUAUUGUUGACACGGUUGGAUUUGGUGAUCAAAUUAACAAAGAUGACAGCUACAAGCCCAUAGUAGAAUACAUCGACGCACAGUUUGAAGCCUACUUGCAAGAAGAGCUGAAGAUCAAACGAUCCCUGUUCAAUUACCAUGACACCAGGAUUCACGCCUGCCUGUAUUUCAUUGCACCAACUGGACACUCGCUGAAGUCUCUGGACUUGGUCACCAUGAAGAAGCUUGACAGUAAGGUGAACAUCAUCCCCAUCAUUGCCAAGGCUGACACCAUCGCCAAAAACGAGUUGCACAAGUUCAAGAGUAAAAUCAUGAGCGAGCUGGUCAGCAACGGCGUCCAGAUCUACCAGUUCCCGACGGAUGAAGAGACAGUGGCCGAGAUAAAUGCCACAAUGAGCGUCCACCUUCCAUUCGCCGUAGUUGGCAGCACCGAAGAAGUGAAGAUUGGCAAUAAGAUGGCCAAAGCCAGGCAGUACCCCUGGGGCGUUGUGCAGGUCGAAAAUGAGAAUCACUGUGACUUUGUGAAGCUGCGGGAGAUGCUGAUCCGAGUGAAUAUGGAGGACUUGAGGGAGCAGACGCACACCCGACACUACGAGCUGUACAGGCGCUGCAAGCUAGAGGAAAUGGGAUUCAAGGACACGGAUCCAGACAGCAAGCCUUUCAGUCUCCAAGAGACUUACGAAGCAAAGAGGAACGAGUUCCUGGGUGAACUCCAGAAGAAGGAGGAUGAAAUGAGGCAGAUGUUUGUCAUGAGAGUGAAGGAAAAGGAAGCAGAAUUGAAAGAAGCUGAGAAAGAUCUCCAUGAAAAGUUUGACCAUCUAAAGAGGACUCACCAAGAAGAGAAGAAAAAGGUGGAAGACAAAAAGAAGGAGCUUGAGGAAGAGCUGAACAACUUCCAAAAGAAGAAGGCAGCAGCUCAGCUAUUACAGUCACAGGCUCAGCAGGCAGGUUCUCAACAAACCAAGAAAGACAAGGACAAGAAAAAUGCAAGCUUCACAUAAAGCCUGUCCAGCCAAGGAUGUUCCUGCAUUCACCUGCUUUUGCAGUAAUGUGUCUCUGCCAUCUGUUUUUUGGUUUUGUUUUUGUUUUUUUAACAUGAAUAACUAUUAACUCAUCUAAUAACAUAGUGGGAACAAGAAGGAAGAAGGGUUGGGUGCAGGACUGUGUGCCUCUGGAAAUCCCAGGGGGGUGGGGGUGGAAACAAAACGAUACCAUGGAUUUUCCUGGGCAAAACCAGCAGUGAUAAAUCAUUUUUGGCACCAGAUCUGAACUGAGAGUCAGGGCUGGAGGUCGGCAGAUCCGGGUGAGUGUCACUGUGCCUACCCAGCUUUCGGAGGGCCGGCUGCCACAGCCCUGUGCUGAAGGGGUCCCCUGGUCCGCAGAAACCAGCCUCAGGGAUUUAUUGCUAUCUGAGGGUUACAGCUGGCUUCCUGCUGUGGCUAAACCCUGAAGUUUAGUCCGACCCAUAUCCCUUCAGGAGCGAGUGUCUUAGAGCAAAACUUGUCCCGCUGUUGGGGAGGGAGGGAGGGGGGUAUGUGUGUGUGUAGGUAACAAAAGUUUAACUCACCUUGCAUGCCAUUACAUUUGCAUGAUUUAUUUUUUUUAUUAGCUACUGUUUUUGUUGUCUGACCAGAUAAUAUUUGUUGGCCGGGGUUCGUUGUCACCUGCUGGCAUAUUUUCACAGCCACCCUUCCAGGUCAGUGUAGUGUCUGCUCGCCGAAUGCUGCGGUGGGAACCGAACAGCGCUGCAGGUGCCUGGAGCAGGGACCGUGUCUCGUUCCUGCUUCCCAUGCAUCACUUCCUUGACCGUAACCUCUGAAAACUCACUUAAAAUAGUGCCAGGUUUCCCGUGUGCAUGAUCUUGGCGAGACUUAGCAGUGCUGAGGGAAUCAAAUGCCCAGGCAGAGGAAGGCAUGUACUCUUCAACAUCCUCUUGCUGCCUUCAGGAGCAUUAUUUACCCACAUAUUUACAGCAUCCAGGUUUUCAAGUCAAGGGAAUCCCAUUUUAUUGGCCAAAUGCUGGUUAACAUGAAAGGUUCGAAUUAGGAUCUCCAUCCCUGGAGCAACCAGGGCAGAAAAUGUGCUGCAUGCCUAGGGUGACUGCCCCGUUGCCUGAAAAGCAUCAGAAAGAUAACACGUCAAAGCAUGUUGAGGAGAGGCCAGAGGUUUGUUAAACCUCAAAGUGACUUGGCCUUCUCAGAGGGGUGGACAACGCAGCCAAGGAGGGGGAGAGGGUGCCUGUCACAGUCACAUAUCCCCUGAAAAGUGCAAAUGAGAUAUCUAACGUAAGCCAGGCUUCGCUCUUUGGCCAGCACGGUGUGGAAAUCGGUCUGUUUAAUGUUUUAUUUUCUAUGCCAUUGCUUUUCGGACAGAGUCUUUCCCUUCCUACCCAAGAAGUGGCGAGCCAUGCUUACCCUAUGACUGCUGGAUUUCUUUCUCUUCUGCUGAUGUGCUGCCAGCAUUUCCACUGCUCCUAGCUAGGUAGUCUCCUGUUUCUUUCUUUAAAGCACUCCUAAAAAUAGCUCUCUCCACUUAAGUCUCACACACUGCAGUUCUUUGCUUGUUUCUGGGAUGAAAUUUCUUGCCUCUCUGAAUGUUCUUUAAAAAAAAAAAAAAAGAAUUAUCACUUUUCUGGAGUUUUGGUCGGAGAAAUGCAUUUGGGGUGUGGCUUUUGGGGCUUUCUGCUUUCUAACCCUCACUGCCUAAACAUGGCUUAGGGAAGAGGAUAUCUAAAUGCAGUGUCUUGGAUAGACGGCAAAAAUCAGAGAUGAGCAAGCUAGAAAUAAAGUAGUUGUCUCUUUUUUCUUCCAAUCAUGCCUCCUGGUCUUGUCAACCACAAUGUGCUUCUGUCAGGUUAGGUAGGUUUUCUAGAAGGUCAUUUAGCAAAAUAAAACUAUGGUUCCUGUGACUUCUGUCAAACCUAACUUUAAAACCUUGAGUUAUCAAGGAAGAAAUCUGCUGGCGUGGAUUUUUUUACAAUCCCAUUAUGUGCUCCUGUCUCAAGCCUGAAUGCUUGUGGCAAUAUGUUUUGUUUCAGCUGUCUCUGUGCAUGUCCUUCUUUUUAAUUACCAGCAUUUUGUGCCAAGUAAAAAACUUAACUUUAACGUGUGUUUGUCCUGCUUCAUUUAACAGCCUUUCCAAGGGAUGUUUGGCAGGGGAGAUCAGCUGAGUCGAGCCAUUUUUCUUUUCUGACAGAAAGCCAUGGACCAAGUGCAUUCAUGUAUUUUUGGUUGGGUUUCUUCCUCCAGCACAAAGCAAGCUGUUUCGGAGAAACUGGGAAUAACCAGAAACUUGCAAAAGUGAAAGGUAUCAUUUUGUUUUCUUCUCCAAAGGAGGAAUUAAUAAUGACUUUUUUCUCCUCAAAACCCUGGGCCAUGUUUAGCUGGUUAUUGCUGCACUUCUUUCCUUUACUUAUGCCUUUUUUCACAGUAGUCCCUGGUUCUGCAUGGAGUAAAUGAUACUCUCAAAUCUAUUUGGAUGUGCUUUCACCUUUGCACGUAAGUACAGUAGUAAGAGACUCACCCUUUCUGCUCACUACUAACAUGAGUAAACCAGGUGUUUUGCUGGGGACUUCUUUUAAGUCCACUUACGUACAAGUGGCAUUGUUAAAACUAUUUAAAAACUUCCUGUAAUAACCUGCUUUUGCUGAGAUUUUGGGAAAAAAAAAUAGCCAUAGGAACAUGACAUCCAUCUGCUGUUGAAUGUCUGAGUUACCCUGCAUAGCUUCCCUGCACGCCUCAAUCUUGCAAAUCGGCUGGUGAAACUGGGGCUGGACAGCCGCACGGUUGCAUUGCUCAUGAAGCACUGCAAGCUUUAACGUGCCAUUAGACAGCGAUGAUAACGAGCUGAUGAUGCUGCACGUCCCUAAUAAGGUGGAUUUCAAACCUGAGAGUAACACAGACGAGCAGGAAAGCACACAGGCAUGCGUGUUUCUGGGACGAUGACGUUCCCUAGGCACGGAACAAACCCUUGAAGAGAAAAAGGAACAAAAUCCAGGUUGUUGAGAGAGGCCACGACUGCUCUGUAGGGGUGGGCAUGCCACGUGUCUGGCAGUCCACUGAGAAGGUGGACGUCGCCCAUAGCUCUCUGGGAAGGCAGGCAGGCGCCCUUCGAGCUCAGGGUCACUGACUGCAUCUCCUUGCUGUGCUGCAGCCUGUGGUGCCGCUGGGGAGCGGGGAAAGCAGCAAAAGGCACCUGCCCCCAGCUCCUCUGCAGCCCAAAACCUGCAAUGCGUGUUGCACCCUCGCUGUGUGUGCUUCUGGCAGCUCGAAGUCGCGCCAAGCAGAGUUACAUCUCUGUGUCUCUUUAAGCAUGCCCUUAUUUAACAUGACCAGUGUUUCUCCAGGUAGUUGUAAUUCUGCUUCUCCUAGAACAUCCGAGUGAGAAUGGAAAUGUCUUUUUGUGUGUGAUCAUAUCAGCUGUGUCCAUUUGACUCCAGUUACCAUUUGCCCUUCUAAGGUGUUAGAAGCGUGUUUCUGUCUCUUCUCCAAGGACCCUGGUUGCAUUUGCAGUACACGAUAUCCAUGACACUCAUCAGCGUGUAUCAGCAUGGGACUAUACAAAUAUGAAGGGUUUUUUAAUUAACGGAAAAUAAAGCUGUGAACAGCGGUAGAAAUAUUGUAUUUGUAUACAUUUUUAAUAUCCUGAUUGCCUUAAACUAUAGAUGUAGAACUUUAUUACCUUGCUAUUUGAAAAUAACCCAUGUUUGUAACUAAAUAAUUGUGUAACCUACAUACAGUGUUAAUGCAAAUUAUAUGUAUGCAUCUGUUAGAUAUUGUCACUUUAUUUGAUGUUAAAGUAUUUCUUUUUUUUUUUUUUUGAAUUACAAAUUGAAUAAUAACCUCAUAGCAUAAGCUCAGUUAUUUCUUGUAUAUUCUUUAGGCUACGUACACAAAUAGUGCCAACACUUGAAGUGGGGAGAGGAAAUAUAUUUUUUACCCAAA